AUGUCAGGAAAACUACCCGGAGGCGUUGUGACAGACGGAGACCGUGCUAUGAGAGAGGCUAUCUUAGAAGUAUUUCCUGGUAUACCACACCGCCUUUGUGUAUGGCAUCUCCAUCGUAAUGCGAGAUGGAACGAGAUCAUAUCCAAAUACGAACUUGCCGAGAAUGAAUGGAUCCAGGUCAUUUAUAAUGACAGAAUGAAGUGGGCUACCGCAUAUUUGAGGGAGCACUUCUUUGGCCGCAUAAGAACUACAUCACAGUGUGAGGGAAUUCAUUCAUUAUUGAAGAACUAUGUUGACAGUAAAACAAGUCUCCUUGAAUUCAUGCAUAAAUUUAGUGAAGUACUAAGGUAUUACCGAAACAACCAUCUUACUGCUGACUUUGAAACCUUUUAUAAGUUUCCUGUUUUGACUACAUGCUUGGAAAGUUUUGAGAAACAAGCUGCUGAACUUUAUACUAGAAAUAUUUUCAAACUUGUGAAAGAUGAGAUAGAAGCAGUAGGUGCUUUAAAUGUGACUGAAUGCCCAAACAGUGGAGACAUUGUUGAGUACAGCACGAGUGAGUAUUUUAAUCAGCAAUGGAAAUUUAAAGUGUCUUACAAUAAAGACAAGGACCUGUUUGCGUGUGAGUGGAGGCUAUUUGAGACUCAUGGACUACCGUGCUCCCACAUCUUUGGGGUCUUGAAGCAUCGCAAUGCAAAAUGCGUCCCUACAUCUCUUAUCCUGAAAAGAUGGACAAGAGAUGCAAAGAGUGAUUUUAUAUGCUCAAUUGGCGAGCAAGACACCGCUGAUGAUAUAGCGCCCACACUUAGACGCGGUGCAAUGGCAUCUAUUUGUUGGAAGCUUUGUGAUAUUUCUUCCAAAAAUUCAGUAGACUAUAGGGAAAUCUUAGGUGAGUUACUUAAGCUAAUUUCGAAGGUGCAAAAUAAAGGUGAUGCACAAGCGAGGCUUUCCCCCACUUCAGCGCUAAUAGGUGAUCCAGCUGUUGUGAAGUCAAAAGGGGCUCCAAGAAAAGGUUCCAAAAGGCCAAAAGAGGCGAAGAUGUUCGCAUUGUUGAAGAAUACCAAAGAAAUCAGUCUAAGUGAAGAGACAUUAAAAGAUAAGACCAACACAUCAGGAAUAGAAGCGACCGGAGUUCAAGAUGCAGCCACAACCAAGAUACCAGGAUUGCCACAAUAUCCUAUGCAUCAUUAUCCAGUGGUCCUUCCUUAUCAACCUUAUGGUGGAGUCCUCCCUAUUCCUUUUCAUCCUGUUCCAAAUGGCAUGGCGUACUUCAACCAAUAUCCUUCUACUACCGGAAUUACAUCAUAUCCUCAGUUUUCGCAUGUCUCGUCGUAUUCUAGUGGACCCCGUGAUAGCAAUACAUGGGCUGGACUUUUGAAUGAUGUCAUCAACAACAAAAAGCCAUAG